AUUCUCUUUGGCCACAGUCUGAGUUCACCCCCCCGUUCGGAUUCAUCCAUGAUUCAAACGUGACAGAGAAGGAAAAGCUGCUUUUAGGCUUCGGAUCAGAGGAAACGUGUUCAGGCCGACGGACGUGAGACGUGAGGACAUGUGGAAAAGAGACGGACACGUUGUGAUGUCACAAACCUAAGUAACCAAUCCUGUUAAUUUGUGGGUGGGGGCUCAGUAGCAGAGCGAGGACUUCCUGGUUUCCUCCCUCAGUGGAAAACACCUUUUGUUUUGGUUGCACUUGAUCCCGUCGGCUGUAACUUUCCCUCCAUCCUCCUUCCCUCUGCCUCCUUUCUCCUGGUCUGCUGUGAUUGGUCGGUUUCCUGUCAGCGUGCACACUGGAGGUAUAAAGCCUUGUGGGCUGGGGGGGGGGGCGGAGACAACCCACAGCCUGCUGCUGAACACUGAAGAACGCUGCUGCUCGCUGUCACAACAAACCCCGUCUGCACCAGCUGUGUCUUUGGAUCUCUAACUCUGUCGCCAUGUGUAAAGGACUCGCAACUCUUCCUGCCACAUGUCUGAAAAGUGCCAAAGACAUCAAGCACAAAAUAAGCUUCUUACUGCAGAAGCCUGAACCUCAAGCUGCAGAUCAGAAGCAGACGAAGGAGAAGAGCGUUGCUGCUGCUGCUGCUGCUGCUGAGAAGAGGGUUCCGACUGCAACCGAGGUGAAGCAAUGGACAGAGUCCUUCAGCCACGUCAUGAACAGUGACACCGGGCGCUGGAUCUUCCGCAGCUUCCUGAGGUCGGAGUUCAGCGAGGAGAACAUGGACUUCUGGCUCGCCUGUGAGGAAUACAAGAAGACCGGAGCGUCCAAGCUGGGGAGCAGAGCCAAGGACAUCUACCGGCAAUACGUGGAGGCCGACGCCCCUAAUGAGGUGAACUUGGACGCGGCCACCAGGGAGGACACGAGGCAGAACGUGGAGCACGCCUGUCUGUCCUGUUUCGACGAGGCCCAGAGGAUGAUCUACGUCCUGAUGGAGAAAGAUUCCUACAGACGCUUCCUCAACUCCAAGCUGAUCCGGGAUCUGCUUCAGAAGAACGAGAUGAAAAACUGGGACUAUGCAAAGAACACGCAGGCGUUAAGUGGUGGCGCCUAAACGUGAAGGGGGGAAGACGGGAAGAAGAAGACAAGACAUACAAGAGACGCUGGUGGAGAUCGGUUUGUGUUUAGAAGAAUCGGAGGUUCAGAAGGUGACGUAAGAAAGGUUCACGUGGGAGGAGGUCGAGAUUUCAUUUCUCUUUUUUUGAUACAUUUCAUUAAUUCCUGGAUGUCUUUGGUCCCUUUAAUGGUUUUGCCGUGUCAUGUCCACUGUUUGUGCAUGUGUCCCCCGUCCCCUGUGUCUGAUUUAACUGUUUCAUACAUCAAGUCACGAUAUAUAUAUAAAUAAAUACACAUGAGGUUUAAACAUUUGCUUCUGCAUCAAAACAAUCUAACGCUACCUCCGCCCGACGGAGACACAAACCUCCUGACAACGCCUACAUGGAUAAAUGUUCAGUGUCUUACCCAUCAGUGUUAAAGUGUUGUAUUUAUGAGACUGUAUAUUUAUACAUUUUAAAAAUAAAGAACAAUACGAAUAAAGCAGA